AUGGCUGCCUCAGAAGCCGCAUUGACGCAGAUCUUGUCCCAGCUGCAGACUAUCCAGAUAGCGCAGCAGACCAUGCAAGCCAAGCUAGAUGCACUUGAACGACCUUCGGAGGGUGGUCAGAAAGAACGCGCAGCUGCGCCGAUCCACCACAGAUCUACUUCGGUGGAAUCGACGCCUGGCUCAGCCCCUGAAUCCAAGAUUCCUCUGAACGAGACGAUUGGAACCAUAUCGCAUGGGCCGCCAGGGCAGGACGAGAAAGUUGGUGCCGCAUCAAUUAUCCCGCCCACAAUUAGCGAUAAAGAAAGAGAGAAAGCUCUUUAUCCAGGCCGCGUUCAUCUAACAACAUACCCGGACCAACACGGGAACACACCUUAUCCCCUCAAAUGGGGCGCGCAGGAAGCAGUGGAACGGGGUCCAAUAAUUUGCUCGCGUCUCCCGACAUCACUCAAGCACCGCAAUGCCAUAGGGGCUCAUUCUGGGUCGUACUCCAUCUACCGCGCUCUUGCGAUAGCAAUGGGGACCCUUUCCCCUACGCAUCGCCCAGAUUUCAGCAUGACCGAACCCCCUGUCGACAUCCCGUAUCAGCCCUCUUGGUCCGAUCCCACUAAGAUCGUCUCAUUCGAUCCCUUCGGGCAUCUCGUGCAAGAAGUCUUCCGUAAGGAAAUCGAUGAGAAGGGUUUGGAUAUCCGCCCGAGUAUUGCGGUGACCAAAGCGCAUUUGAAGAUGAGCGAGCUGGAUGAGGCGGCGCGUAAGGGCGACUUGACUGUUGAUGGCAAGAUUGUCCUGAAAAGCAGGCCGCUGAUGAACGCUGACGGUACUCUGAGUACCUCCGACAGUGGUGUCGAAGUAAAUGUGAGCAAGGCGGCGGUAGAACCUGUGUGGUACCUCCCUGGCGUCGCCGAGCGAUUCGGCAUCUCCGAGAGUCUCCUCCGCCGCGCGCUGUUCGAAGACACGGGAGGCAUGUACCCGGAACUCAUCACUCGGCCAGACAUCAAGAUUUUCCUCCCACCCAUUGGCGGCCUCACUGUCUACAUUUUCGGCAAUCCAGCAUUCCUCCACGACGAAAGCAAGGAACUCACUCUACGAGUCCACGACGAAUGCAACGGCUCCGACGUCUUUGGCUCCGACAUCUGCACAUGCAAACCCUACCUGACUUAUGCCAUCGAAGAAUGCAUCCGCGGCGCUCAGAAUGGUGGCGUUGGUGUCGUCGUGUAUUUCAGGAAAGAAGGCCGAGCGCUCGGCGAGGUCACCAAGUACCUGGUGUACAAUCUUCGCAAGCGUGGCGGUGACUCUGCUGACAAGUAUUUCAAAUCGACGGAGCUCAUUGCGGGCGUGAAAGACAUGCGCUUCCAAGCCCUCAUGCCUGAUGUCUUGCACUGGCUCGGAAUUCGCAAGAUAGACAAGAUGGUCUCUAUGAGUGAUAUGAAAUACGAUGCUAUCGUAAAGAGUGGGAUCCCAAUCCUACACCGCUACGACAUACCUGAAUAUCUCAUCCCCCCUGACUCUCGUGUCGAAAUUGAUGCCAAGAUUGCUGCAGGAUACUUCUCGAGCACCAAGAAGCUGACUGAGAAGGAUCUUGUGAAGACUGUCGGGCGAACCUGGGAAGAGACAGAGCAUUAA